AUGACUCCAAAAACCUGUUAUACCAGAGGAUCUAAGUCUAUUAUUCGUUGUAAACGGUUCUGCGAUGGCCAGCCUGAAUUAAAGUUCUUUCGAAGUGAUUACGUUUAUUUAAAUUGUGCGAAUAGUUUUUAUAAAGUACAUACUAAAGCGAAGACAUGGUGGAACGCAAAGGAAAAGUGUGAUUUGGAAGGAGCGAAGUUGUUUUAUCCUGAUAACAAUAUUGAAUUAGACGAGGUCAUAUGCCAUAUUAAUAAAACGAACCCUAACAUUGAUUUAAUUCAUAUAGGUAUUUCCGCAACACAAACCAAAGGUGUUUUUUUAACUGUUGAUGGCGUGCCAAUAAGAGAUGUAUUCAGUAACUGGAUGGCCGGAGAACCAAACGACGCUACAGCCGAAGACGAUUGCGUAGUUAUGAACAAACUUGGCAUCUACCAGGAUAGCAAAUGCAACACAUGGUUACCCUACAUUUGUAAGAAAACGAUGCAAUCUUUUAGGGAAUGGAAUGCCGAAUGCAAAUCUCCAUUUUUGGGUUAUAAAUUCAAUAAGGAAAUGAAUAAAUGCUAUAAGUUUCACACACAACCCAAAUCUUGGAGGGAUGCGGAGAAAAUUUGUGAAGCAGAACAGGCCUAUUUGGCGAUUCCUAACAGUAAACAGGAAGCUGAUCAUUUAUCGAAAAUAACUAAUGAUAAUCCAAAGAAUUACGAUGGAUAUUAUUUAAGUGGUGCAGUCCAUCUGGGAUAUCGCUUCGAUGAAACAAUUGAAGACUGGGUAACCCUCAAAGGGGAGACAUUGGAACAGGCAGGCUACUCUGUCUGGAACUACUACCAGCCCGACGGCGGAGAGAAAGAGUAUUGCGGCGGCAUGUUCUACAACGGUGAAUUCAAUGACAUUAGCUGCGAAACUCAAGAUUGCUAUUUCAUUUGCGAAAGAGACAUCGACGAAAUCGGUGGAAAGACGGGGAAGAAUUGACAACCAAAUGAAAGCACUAACAAUUUUAUUGUUUCUUUGUCUAUUAUUCUACAAAUGUCUCUAUAUUAUUUUUAGAUAGUUUAAUAAAAUUUAGUAUGAGAGUGUUUUAUAUGGAGCGAAAGUAUGUGUGUUAGUGCUUUCAUAGAUUAUUCAUCAUUAGCUCUCUAUACGUCCCCACCAAGUGGCUCGGAGCCUAUUAAGUUAGGAGUGAUUAUUACCAAAGUAAAAAGUUUAAAAAAAAAUCUAACUACCAAAAUGUUUUUAACAAUUUUAUUUUAUAAAAAUAUUUUUUUUG